GUAUAAGAUAUUCAUCGUAUUCAAGUAUAAAACGAAAUACUUUAAGUGAUAUUUAUGAGGUGUAUAAGCUGGGUAAACCGAUAUCGGUGGUGACCUCUCAUGAUUAUAUCAGUGCUAAAAUGGCCGAGGAAUGCCAAUUUGAUAUUAAUUUAGUGGGAGAUUCGUUAGCCAUGGUUGCAUUAGGAUAUGAAGAUACAAAUGAAAUACCAUUUGAAGAAAUGUUAUACCAUAUCAAACUGGUUUAUAGAGGUAAUAAAAAAUCUUUUAUAUUGGCUGACUUACCAUUUGGUAGUUACGAAAAAUCUCAUGAACAAGCAAUUGAAUCAUGUAUUAAAAUGGUAAAAUAUGGUAAAGCAAAUGGAAUUAAAAUCGAAGGGGGUGAAGAAAAUUUUGAUUUAAUAAGAAAAAUUACUUCAAUUGGUAUACCCGUAAUGGCCCAUACUGGAUUAACCCCACAACAUCAUAACGUUAUGGGUGGUUUCAAACUACAAGGUAAUACAAAAAAUCAAGCUAUUAAAAUUUAUAAUGAUUGUUUAAGUUUACAAAAAGCAGGUGCUUUCCUGAUUUUACUAGAAUGUGUUCCAAAUAAAUUGGCACAAGAAAUAACAAAUAAGUUGUCCGUACCAACCAUUGGUAUUGGUGCUGGUCCAUAUUGCUCCGGCCAAGUCUUGGUGAUGGCUGAUGUAUUGGGCAUGAAUAAUAAUCCCCAUCAACCAAAGUUUGUUAAAUCUUAUGAAAAUUUUUUCGAAAAAGGCGUGGCUGCAUUGAACAACUAUCAAAAUGAAGUUAAAAAUAAUCAAUUUCCUUUAGCUGAUGUUCAUGGUUAUAAAAUGAAAUCAGAGGUAUUAAACGAGUUGAAAGAGUAUACUAAACUGCUCUAACCUGCAAAUAAUCUAAUAUAACCUGCUAACAUCAACAUGUAAAAAAAACCUACGAUCAACAUGGGCUAACCUGUAAAUAUUGGCGUAUCAACCUGCAGAACAUCUUAGGGUUGAAAGCCGUUUUUUUGACGUAUGUUACACAAAAUAAAUUACUGAAAAAAAGAACAAAUUCCUCCAAUACAAAUUACUUGACCCCAAUCCAAACCUUCACCAACCAAAGGUUGAUGGUGAGCAUCUUUAUCAACCGCUGAUAGGCUAAAUUGUCAGCACUGGUCCACUCCAACACAUAAACGAUUAUUUUUGGAAACAAGGCUGAGAGAAACCGUGUGACAAAACACAAGCAUCAGGGAAAAAAAAAGAAAUCCUAAGUUAUGACACAUGGGGCUAUACUAGUGAUCUAUAAGUAAUAAACUCGUAGUGUCAAUAAGCA